UGGACAUCGAAAACGGAGCAGUCACCAAUGAAAUUGUGAAUAUCGUGAUCAAUGUCCUACGCAAUCCUCAUAAGAUACGGCCAGAAGGUGAAUGCAUCCUUGAUGAAUCCUGCGACAAUUUUGGGCUCGUGCGAUCCAAUCCGCAAGCCUGUCUUCUCAACGUCACUUGAAACAUUUAUUGCAUACCUUCAUGGAUUGGCUGUCGAGGUUCUUGACCGUGAACAAGGUCAUAGGCGCAGUAUCGAUGACUACCUGAAGCUCCGGCAGUAUACGACUGGUUUAAAACCAUGUUUAUUCAUAUAUGAAAUGAGGAUGGACCUUCGUGAUGAAGUGUUCUACCAUCCCGUCAUCGUGGAUCUUGCUGAAUGCAUCACAGUCGGACUUUGUUCUGAUCGACAAUACAUAAUCUCGUACAAUAAAGAGCAAGCGGCUGGGAACGAAGACCGUAACAUGAUCAGUAUUAUCAUGUUGGAACUUGGCCUCGACGUAACUGCGGUGCAAUGGCUUGGGCAGUGCAUUAUCACGCCGCAGUUCAGAAACGAUUCAAUGAUGGUCUUGGGAAGGUUCCUUCAUGUGGGCCUUCCAUCGACGUCCUAGUCAAAGAGUAUCUUGACGGGAUAGCAAUGUGGCCUCGAGCAAACCAUUCUUGGAGUUACGAAUUUCACAAGUAAAAUGAAUUUCU